AUGCCCCCGUUCUCGACGUACCCGCCAUGGUUCUCGCUGUCGCAGCGCAAGAAGAAGCCCCGCCAGGAGCAGGACACGCCGCGCUACCGGAAGCGCAAGGACAUGAUCUCGGCGCCGCAGCCUUCCUCGCUGCCGCUGUUAUUUGCGACUGACUCAGUCGGCCACGUCAAGACACAGUGGGGAACCUCUCUCGCCGAGCAGUCCGCUCACCAGCACGCACCCCUGCCGACUCCCCGUCAAACACCGCGCCAAACACCCGACAAGGUGACACCCGCCCAACCUCCUGUCGUCAACGGGAAGAGCUAUGGCACGCUCGUCGGCGGGCGCAAGCGCAAGCCUGUUCUCAAGCUUAACACGGAUGAGAGCGAGUGGCACCCACCCCAGAGCCCGUUCGACCCCCGCCCGCCUAGCAGUGGGUGCUCGUCGCCUGCCUCGGCGCGCGACUUGCCCUUGCCCGAAGCUUCUCAGCGACGCCGUUCUCCUCCCGCGCGCCUCUCCCCACGCUCCAACUCGCGCACGCCAUCUGGCUCAUCGUCGUCGCAGAACAGCCCUCCCGUGCCUCCGCGCCCGCAGCGCCGUAUUGUGUCCGUUAGCGCCGGGCCGCCGUCCUACAUUCCCCCUCCCUCGACCUUCUCAUCCUUAGGUCCGCGCCCAAUCUCGGCGUUCCCCGUGUCCUCUCGCCCCGUCGCAGGACUCGCAGGUCGCCCGACCUCUCUGCCGGCGGACACGGCGGACAUCUACAACUUCUUCCUCGGGAACAACGUGACGCGGAAGCGGGUCGACUUCCACGAGAUCUCACCGCGCGACAUGCGCGACCUCGCGACGGACGCGAGGAGCAACAAGCGCGCAUUCGCGGGCCCGGCCCACUCGCACACGCACGAGCACAGGCGUAAGACCGUCAAGCCGCGCGUGCCGCCCGCCAUCCCGCCCAAGCCGAUGAUGACGACUCGGCAGGCGUCGAACUCGCCCUCAUCAGUCGACAAGGUCUGGUUCGCUACCAAGGUCGCCUAG